AUGCCACCUAAACAUACAAAAAAACCGAUUCUAGAAAAAACUGUCAUCGAACCUACGCCACAGACUCAAGGGUUUUCGAGUAAGAUCUUUGGAUUGUUUAAAAAGAUUCCAAUGGCUAUGUCUAGUCCUAUGAAAGAAGUCGAGUUUACUUAUCAACAAGAUCAUGGCGGUCGCGGUUUGAAGGAUGGGCGCAGAGGAUCGAUUGAUGAGGAGGAAGAUGAGGAAGAUGAGGAGGAAGAUGAGGAGGAUGAUGAUGAAGAUGAGGAAGAUGAUGAUGAAGAAGACGAAGAUGAGGAAGAGGAAGAGGAAGGAGAGGAAGAAGAGGAAGAAGAGGAGGAAGAAGAAGAAGAGGAGGAAGAAGUAGAAGCAGAAGAGGUAGAAGACUUGGAGGAACCAGAAGAGAUAGAAGAGGAAGAAGUAGUAGAAGAAGAAAUCCAAAAAGAACAAGAAAAAGAACAAGAAAAUCUAAAAGUAGAAAAAGAAGUCGAAAUCGAAGAAAUCGAGAGUAUAGGAAACGAACAAUACCAAGCGAUCAUGGAAAACUACCUACUAGAAACAUCAACUCGAACAAACUUACUAAGAACAAGAAUCCGAACUCAAUUCAAACCAGCCUUAAGAAGAAGAUUUGAAUUUGAAUUAUCUAGAAUCACACCAUCUAUUUCAAAAGUGACAGCUAAAGAAUAUCAUGAAAGAGAUUUAGGAAUCUUAAGAAACACUAUGGAAUUCAUUGCAAGAUUGAAUGUAGAAGAAAAGAAUUCUGGAAUCGGUUUAAAUCAUCAGAGUCUUGGUAAAAGAUCGAAUUCUCAACAACUUGAGGGCGAUUUGGAUCUGGAUGAGAUUUAUAAAACUCAUUUUAAACGCAAACGAGUUCUUACAAAUAACUCAACUUCCACUUCAUCAUCCCAACCCAUCCCAAACCCACAAAAUCCAAGAAAGAUGAAAACCAAAAAAGCCAGAAAACCAAAACGAAACGAAUCUUUAAUAUCUAUUAACGGAUCACCUAUACAAAUUUAUUCAAAUCAAGAAUUUAAGUUUAUGAACCUUGGAAAGUUUCAACAACUUGAGUUUGAAUUGAAUUCAUUAAAGAUUGAUGAAACACAUAAACGUAGAUUGAAUGAGAUGUUAAAUUCAUUGAAGAUGGAAUAA